AUGGCUCACUCUAACAAUUUCCUUCGAGGAAACUAUUUAGGUGAUGAACAUUUUCACUUUAAUCGUAACAACGGUGAUAGUGUUCAUGUUUUGAUUUGUUGGUCUUUUGACUAUUGGCCUUGUUAUCCAGCUUCAACUGCUAGUGUUAAUGAGGUUCCUUCAUUGAUUGACCCUUACAGUGAUAUGCGGUUGGACAUUGACCACAUGUCAUACGAGGAGCUUCUUGAGUUAGGUGAAUGGAUUAGCAACGUAGACAAGGGUUUGUUACAAGACAUUAUUGCAAGACAAAUGAGGACAAAAACUUACCUAUUACCUAAUGACUCGGAGGGGUCAACUUCUAAGGAACAGGAAUUUGAUAUUUGCGUAAUAUGUCAGGAUGAAUAUAAAAACAAAGAGGAGAUUGGAAUUCUUCAAUGCAAACAUGAAUACCAUGCAGAUUGUAUAAGGAGAUGGCUACAUGAGAAAAAUGUCUGUCCUAUGUGCAAAUCAAAGCAUUAA